UAUUGAAUUUGUUGACAGAAUAAAAUACCUUGGAUUCAUAUUAAAUAGUCCGUUACAUUUAAAUGAUUAUUGAGUAUGGAGGUACUGUAAAACAGAGCUAUGGGAAUUUUUCCAAAUAAACCAUCACUACUAUCAAACCUACCAAUCGGACUUUUACAGACCCACUACACUUCCUAACACUGGCAAGAGCCAUUGCACCACUUUGACAACCAGCUGAUCAUUGUUGAUAUACUUUGACAUGUCUGAUAAUAAUAAUAAUAAUGGUUUUACAAUAAAAUAAUGUGAAAGUAUACCGCAGGCAACUGGGCCAACCUUCACUCCUCCAUAUUUGCAAGUUAUAACAUGGAAAAUGGACACUUAUUCAGACCUAGAAUCCACCUCCUCAAACAUCUCAGACAGCAUACAAUCGAACCUCUCAAGUUUAAGCUGCUACGAACAAGAGUUCCGAGACCUCAAAGCUUUGCUGAAGCCCCCUGGGGGUCAUCACAACAGUCUGUCUUCGUCUGAUCACUUUGAACGGGGCCAAUUGGGGCUACAACAUCAACAAGAGGCUGUAUACGAAUGUCAGGCCUUAAAAGUGAAGUUGCAAGAGUGCCUGGCCGAUAACAAGGUGAAACUUGGGACCAUCGAGGCCCUAAAGGCGAAAAUCUCUUUGCAGCAUGUCGAGGGGCAGAAGUACUUGAAUGAGAGCAAAAGGUUGCAAAAAACUGUUGAUUCUUUAUUAAUAAAAGAGGGGCAACGGGGGAAGUGCCUGGGGUGGUACAGAAAUGAGCUUGAAAAGAGCCGCAAAGCGUAUAAAUCAGUUUUGGACUUAAACGAGGUGCUUAAGGGGGAAAAUUUGAGCUUAAAAGUGGAGCUCAGGGAGUGCCAAAGCAACUUAAAUAUAAAAGAAAUUGAGCAUCUAAAAGAAAUUACUAAUAAACUGGAAGUGCCACAUCAUACUCCAGAAGAAAUAAAUGCUUUAAGACAGAGUUUAUCAGAGAAGGAUGAGCAUAUUCUCAAGUUGACCCAAGAGAACACUCAAAUGCUCUCUCAAAGCAUUUCUUUAGAGCAGCACUUGAGACAAGCUGAACUCCAUAAAGAAAUCCAUGAAAACAUCCUAAAAGAGUUGCAAAAAAGCCAUGAGGCCCUAAAGGCUUCUAACAGGGAGCUCUUAAAUGAAGUUGAGCAGCUUAAAAGUGACAUUCUAGCCAAAGAGGUGGAAUUAAAUACAAGAAAUGGGGAGCAACUGGAGGUGGAGAGGGCAGUGAAGGUUUUGAGGCAGCAACUAUUAGUUUUCAGGGAGAAACAUGAUGAGGUUAAACAUGAGCUAACAAACAAGAACAAGGAACUCCUAAAACUGACCCAACUAAAUGCCAAAAACUAUGAACAAAAAACCCAGACUGAUGAUGAAAAGUUCGAAACAUUCAAGCAGCGAAAAGAGCAUCUGCUGGACCUCGACGAGUUCCAAAGCGAGGUGGACAUCAGGCUGAAAUUCCUGGCCAAUAAACUAGAUAGAAUCGAGAAGAAAUCCGACCAUUUAAAGGGGGUUUUGGUGCCAAAAAUUGAACUAUCAGAAGUGCUUUUGCAAGUAAAAAGGCGGGAGUUUAACGAGAAACGUAAGAAAAUGGACCGGAAUUACUCCCUACUGUUGAGGAAGGUGCGGGAGCACAUGAAGGGCCGCAGUUCGGCCGAAAAACAAUUAAAAACUUCCCAAGAAACUUGCUCGGCUUAUAAAAACCGGAUUUUUGCACUGGAAAAGCAGGUGAUGGAUUUGAGGAAUGAUCGGGAUGUCUUGAGACGAUUGACUAAGGAUCUUAAGGCCCUUUAUCAGGUUCCUUCAAAAAUCCCACUCAAACCAUUCGAAAGUCCCUUAAUAGGCCCCGUAAAGGAAACGUUACAGGGCUGUAUUGAGGGCCUUAGGGCAGACAUUUUAGGCUUAAGACAGAAGGUGUUUGAUAAGUAUGUUUCUUCCUAAAAAGUACUUAAUUUCUUCGUUAAAAUCUGUGAUAUUUAUAUUUGUUUUUUUUAUGUUACUGUAUUUGGUUGUUUAAUAAAGUAUUUAAAUAUU